AUGGUUACAAUGAAUUCUUCUGAAAAGGCGCAGAAAGCCUGUCAGCAAGGCCCUUCAAGGGAUACAACAAAAUGCUCGAAAGAGGAGAAGGACAAAGAAAAAGAGAAAAGGGACAAGGAGAACAUGAUUGCGAACUUACCACCGAGUGUUCAAGCUCUGAUAUCUACCAUCCCUUCUCCGGAAGAAUCGCCCAAUUACCUUGUUUAUAAAAAAAUGGAGGCCAUUAUAGAAAUGAUGCAGGACGAGAGCACAGGUGUACCAGUUCGCACUGUGAAGAGCUUUAUGACGAAAAUACCAUCGGUAUUUACAGGCUCAGAUCUAGUCGCCUGGCUGACCCGCCAUCUUAGUUUAGAAGAGAGCUGGGAAGCCCUACACUUAGCACAUUUAUUGGCGGCCCACGGGUACUUGUUUCCAAUAGACGAUCACUGUUUGACUGUGAAGAAUGAUAACACUUAUUAUAGAUUCCAAACGCCAUAUUUUUGGCCUUCAAAUCAGUGGGAGCCUGAAAAUACUGAUUACGCCGUCUAUCUCUGCAAGAGAACGAUGCAGAACAAAGCCAGGUUAGAGUUAGCAGAUUAUGAGGCGGAGUCUCUGGCGAGGUUACAGAAGAUGUUCAGUAGGAAAUGGGAGUUCAUAUUCAUGCAAGCAGAAGCCCAGAGUAAGGUGGACAAAAAGCGAGAUAAAUUGGAGCGUAAAGUUUUGGACAGUCAAGAGAGAGCGUUUUGGGAUGUACAUAGACCUAUGCCCGGUUGUGUGAAUACCACCGAAAUGGACCCCAAAAAAUUAUCUAGGAUCAAUGCGAUCAAGGCCAAGAGAUUGAAGCAAAGACAAGACCUUAUAUUGCAGCAUAAUCUAAAGAACAAUCCAAUAGUAACAAUAACAAACGCUCAGGAGAGCGAAGAGGCGAUACAGAAGAACGCUGAGAAGGCGAAUGAGAAUGCUGGCAAAGAAAACGGUGAAACUUCCCAACAACCAGAUGCAACAGAUAACGAAAAAACCAUAGAGCAACAAAUAGAGGCGGCAAAAAGACAAUUGUCUGUGCUCAAAGCGAGGAUGGAGAGACGCAAUGUUAGAGUGAGCAAGGUGGCUGAGAUGUUCAUAUCCUACUGCGAGCAGUACGCCGAAUAUGACGCGUUCCUGACUCCCCCCGAGUGGCCCAACCCCUGGAUCAGUGACACCACCGAGCUGUGGGAUCAGGAGAAACAGUGCAAAGAGCCCCUUCCACUUCGGCGGGUGCGUCGCUGGUCGUUCGGCCUCCGCGAGCUGCUGCGCGACCCGCCCGGCCGGGACCACUUCGCCAAGUUCCUCGGCAAGGAGUUCAGCGGGGAGAACCUCAAAUUCUGGCUAGCAGUUCAAGAGCUGAAGGCCUUACCCGUCCGCCGGGUUUCCUCCCGAGCAAAGGAGAUAUGGAAGGAGUUUCUAGCAGUAGAUGCGCCAUCUCCCGUCAAUAUUGAUGCUGCAAGCAGAGAACUCACACGCGUGAAGGUCGAGUCUGGUACAGCCGAUAGAUAUUGUUUUGAUCAAGCGCAGGCGCACGUCUACCACCUGAUGAAGUCCGACAGCUACUCGAGAUAUUUGCGCUCGGAAAUGUAUAAGGAUUACUUGAAUGGAUCUAAAAAGAAGACUUCAGUUAAAGGAAUACGAUCUAUCGUAUCGUUCACUGGACGUAAGGAAACAUCAGCU